UAGGGGACUUACAAAAAACAUAUAUAUAGAGUCUAUAUUAUAGACUAGGAUUAAAAAUAUAUUAAAAUAUAAGGAAUUAUAAUGGAACCCGGUCCAAGUGCAGUGAAUUACGAAGGCUGUGAAUCCGUAUGCGGCAUGCCCGUGGAGGCGCAUGAUCCCCUGUAUUUGGAGGCCUAUCGCCAGAGCGUCCAGGAUCCGGAGGCCUUUUGGGAGGAGCAGGCCCAUCUGCUCGACUGGGAUCGCCCGUGGCAAAAGGUGCUGGACAACAGCAAUCCUCCGUUUUCCAAGUGGUAUGUGGGUGGCUAUCUGAAUGCCUGCUACAACUCCAUCGAUCGGCACAUUCUGGCGGGCCGCGGAGCCAAGGUGGCCCUCAUCCACGACAGUCCGCUGACGGGAACGGUGCGUCGGGUGACCUACCAGGAGCUCUACGAUCAGAUCGUCCUGCUGGCCGGCGGCCUGGCCAAACUGGGCGUGGUCAAGGGGGAUCGAGUAGUGAUUUACAUGCCCCUGAUCCCGGAGACCAUCAUUGCCAUGCUGGCGAUUGUUCGCCUGGGAGCCAUCCACUCGGUGGUCUUCGGUGGCUUCGCCGCCCGGGAACUCUGCUCGCGGAUCGAGCAUGUGGAACCGAAGCUGGUGAUUGCCUCCAAUGUGGGCGUGGAGCCGGGCAAGGUGGUGCCCUACCUGGACAUCCUGCACUCGGCCAUCAACAUGUCGCGCUGGCGGCCACCGCAGCGGAACAUCAUCUUCCGGCGGGACAAUGUCAUGCCGGAUACGACCAAACUGGAUCCCCAGGCGGAUGUCCUGUGGUCGGAUGUCCUGAAGAUGUCGGCGGGUGAGCAGCCCAUCGCCUGUGUUCCCAUCGAGGCCAACGAUCCGCUGUAUAUCCUGUACACCUCCGGAACGACGGACAAGCCCAAGGGAGUGCUCCGCACCAUUGGAGGGCAUUUAGUGGCCCUAAUGUACACGCUGCGAACGCUGUACGGCAUCAGUCCCGGCGACACCUGGUGGGCUGCCUCGGACAUGGGCUGGGUGGUGGGUCACUCGUACAUCUGCUAUGGGCCACUCUGCCUGGGAGCCACCAGCGUCAUGUACGAGGGCAAACCGGAUCGGACUCCAGAUCCGGGACAGUACUUCAGAAUUAUCGACCAGUACCAGGUGCGCUCGAUCUUCUCAGUGCCCACUUCCUUCCGGGUCAUCCGACGUGCCGAUCCGGACAUCAGCUACGGACGCCAGUACUCCACAAAGUCUCUGCGCGCCAUCUUCAUUGCCGGCGAGCACUGCGACUACGAGACCAAGUCCUGGAUCGAGAAGACCUUCAAGGUGCCGGUGCUCAACCACUGGUGGCAGACGGAGACGGGUUCCGCGGUGACCGCCACCUGCCUGGGCUUCCAGCAGAACCUCAGUCCGCCCACCUACUCCACGGGCCUGCCCCUCAUGGGCUACGACGUCAAGAUCCUUAAACCUGAUGGAAGCGAGGCGCAGACCUCGGAGCUGGGCAGGAUUGCGCUGAAGCUACCGCUGCCACCUGGGAACAUGGCCACCCUGUACAAGAACGAAGAGCUCUUCCGCAAGCUGUACUUCCAAAAGUUUCCCGGUUAUUACGACACCAUGGAUGCGGGCUACAAGGACGACCGUGGAUAUAUCUUUGUGACGGCCCGCGACGAUGAUGUGAUCAAUGUGGCCGGCCAUCGGCUGUCCACCUCCAGUCUGGAGGACGCCGUUCUCCGGCAUCCGGAAGUGGUGGACGUGGCAGUUUUCGGGGUACCCGAGGCCACCAAGGGCCAAGUGCCGUUGUGCCUGUACAUUCCGGUGGAGAACUGCAAGAAAACGGAUGCCAAGCUGUCCACGGAGAUCAUCAAGCUGAUCAGGGACGUAGUGGGGCCCAUUGCCGCCUUUCGGCUGAUCACCUCCGUGAAUAACCUGCCACGAACGCGAUCCGGAAAGACGAUGAGGAAGGCAAUGGCGGACUUUGCCCGGAACGAGCGGGUCAUCCUGCCGGCGACCAUCGAUGAUGCCAGCGUUUUCAUCGAGAUCCGGAGGGCCCUGAACCAUCUGGGCUAUGCCAUGUCCGCUCCGGAACCGAUUGUGGCCAAGUUACUCGACUGAACAACCUCCUCAACUUUCCUUUCCUUAGCUUGUACGAUUUCCAAAAAAAAUAGAUGAAAAUAAAAUUUAAGCUGGGGUUUUUCCUCCGCUCAUUUUUGCGUAGGCCGCAAAAUGGCGAAAAUAA